UAAAAAGAUAAAAAAAGAAAAGAGUAACGUAUUUUCAGCUUGUCACCGCUGCUCUCAUUUACUAUAGCGACUAUCCUUGAUCUGCAAAGUCAAAGGAGUAGAAGAGAAAACUGCUAAAAAAAGUGACUUGUAAGAAAGGGAAAAGAAGAAGGUAUCAUCAGCUGUUUAGUUUACUGAUACUCAGCAAAGAGACUGCCCGAGUGGAAAAGAAGCUGCUCUUGAAAACAAGCAUAUUGAACAUCCUUGACCAACUGCUUUGCAAUUCAAGUGGAGGCAGUGGAAACAACCUGCUUCUAUGCUUCGUUAACAAUUCGAUAGCAUCAAUAGCAUAAAGAGAGUUUCAUUCCAGUAGCCUCUUUGCUCCAGUCCAUCAAUAUCCUAAGGAGAGGUAAUUUCCUUAUUGAGUUUGAAGCUACUUCCACGCACACCACCCAAAAAAAAAAAAGACAACAAAACAAAAAGGAGAAGGGGAGAGAGAUAUUGAAACGAGAAUGGCCAUUGUUAGUGUGGUUGUCGCUAUAAUUGUUGCGAUUGCUACUAUGGUUUCAGGAGAAAUUGUCAAUUGUAUUGGACAGUGGCUCAUUGAGAACAUGCUUAAACCAGUUGGACAGUUGCUCAUCGAGAAACUGGUUAAACCAAUUGAACAGUGGCUUGGUUAUUUGUUUCACUACAGCAGCAACAUUGAGAAUAUGAAGGAACAGGUAAAGAAGUUGAGGGACGUUAGAGAAAGGGUGCCACUGCCGCAUUCGGUUGAUGCUGCUAAAAGAAACAUUGAAGAAAUUGAAACCGAUGUUAACAAGUGGUUAGAAAAUGCGGAUUUGAUUAUGGGAAAGGCGGAGGAAGUUAUUGAAGAUGAAGAAAAAUCAAAGAUGAGGUCUUCCUCUGCGAUAUGCCUGAACUUGAAGCAACGACAUCAGCAAAGUAAGAAAGCAAAGAAGAUAGUGCAAGACAUCGAUGAAGUCUUGAAAAUUUGGAGAUCUAAUAAGGUUUUCCAUAUGGAUUACAUGAACUUUGGGUCAAGAAUGGUAACAGUGAAGGAACUUAUGGUGGCAUUGGGAGAUGCUAAUUUCAACAUGAUUGGGGUGUGGGGGAUGCCGGGUGUGGGAAAGACUACAUUGGUUAGAGAAGUUGCUAAGCAAGUCAAGGAAGAAAAGUUAUUCGAUGAGGUAGCUAUAGCAACCGUGACGCAGAGCCCAAACCUAAUAAAAAUACAAGGAGAAAUCGCUGACAAACUAGAUCUAAAGCUUCUUGAUAAGGAAACUUCAAGCGGAAGAGCAGAUCUUCUGAGGGUGAGGUUAACGAAAGACAACAAUAAGAAGAUACUUGUUAUCCUAGAUGAUAUAUGGGAGAAACUUGAUUUGGAUGAAAUAGGAAUUCCUCGUACGGGUUGCAAAGUAGUGGUAACAUCUAGGAAUAGGGAAGUAUUAUCUUCUGAGAUGGGCACCCAAAAGGAUUUUAGACUUGAAGUUUUACUCAAAGAAGAAGCAUGGUGUUUAUUUGAGAAAUUAUUAGGUGAUUCUCUCGUGGAUUCAAAUUUGCGAUCUAAAGCAAUUGAGGUAUCCACAGCGUGUGCAGGUCUACCUCUCGCACUUGUAACUGUUGCAAAGGCAUUAAAAAACAAGCGUUUGUUUGAAUGGGAAGAUGCCCUACAAAAACUACGGAGGCCCGCCCCUCGAAACCAGAAAAGAAUGCAAGAAGUUAUAUAUUCUGCGAUAAAGUUGAGUUACAAUCACCUUGAAAGUCCAGAGCUCAAAUCGUUCUUUUUGUUUUGUGCUCAAAUUCAAGGGUUUUCUUCCAUUUUUUAUCAAGACGUGUUAAAAAAAUGUUUUGGGCUGCGUUUAUUUCAUGGCAUUAGUACAUUGGAAGAAGCAAGAAAUAGGACAUAUACUCUGGUUCGUAGCCUCAAAGACUCUGGCUUGUUGUUAGAUGCUCCUGAUACUAUUGAUCAUUUUCGUAUGCAUGAUCUUACUCGUGAUGCCGCCCUCUUUGUUGCAUAUGAGACUGAAAAUGUGUUGGUGAUGAGGGACGAGGGUCUAGUAGAAUGGCCAGAUGAGGACGAUAUGAAAAUGUGCACAGCAAUCUUUGUUUCUAAUAGGAAUAUUUAUGAACUUCCUGACAGGUUGGAAUGUCCAGAACUGAGAUGCUUAGAUGUGUAUGCCAAAGAUCGAGAGGGUUCUUUUAAAAUUUCAGACACAUUUUUUAAAGGGAUGAGAAAGCUAAAAGUUUUAGAUUUGACUUAUAUGCGAAUUUCAUCACUUCCUUCCUCACUUAAGCUACUUACAAACUUGCGAACAUUGUGUCUGGAUCAAUGUGUGUUGGGAGACAUAGCUAUGAUUGGAGAGAUGAAAAAUUUAGAAAUUCUUAGUCUUAUUUACUCCGAAUUUAAACAAUUGCCAAGAGAAAUUGGGCUUUUGACUCAUUUACGGAUGUUGGAUUUGAGCAAUUGUGAGAAACUUGAAGUGAUUCCAGCCAACGUCCUAUCAAGCUUGAUACUUUUGGAAGAGUUAUAUGUCGGCAACAGCUUCACUCAGUGGGAGGUUGAAGGACUCAACAAUGAAAGAGCUAGCCUUGCAGAGCUAAAGCAUUUAUCACGACUAAGCACUUUAGAAGUACACAUUCCAGAUGCCAACAUGAUGCCAAAAGAUUUGUUAUUUGAGAAGUUGAAAAGAUUCAAAAUAUUUAUAGGAGAUGUUUGGGAUUGGUCUGACAAUCAUGAAGACUCGAGAAUACUAAAGCUCAAGCUGAAUGCACGCUUUCAAUUGGAGAGUGGGAUCAAAAUAUUUUUUAAUGGAAUAGAAGAUCUGUGUUUGGAUGAGUUAAAUGGUGUAAAGAGUAUUGUAUAUGAAUUGGAUAUGAAAGGCUUCCAACAACUAAAGCAUCUCCAUGUCCAAAACAAUGCUGAGAUUAAAUAUAUCAUCCACUCAAGGGGGUUGGUUAUUGAUGAUGUUGUAUUUCCUGCCUUAAAGAUAUUUUCUCUCAAAAACAUGAUCAACUUGGAAGGAAUAUGUGAUGCCCAACUUCCCUUGACAUCCUUUCGUGACAUAAGAAUUAUUGAAGUGGAACAUUGUGAGAAACUGAAAUUUGUCUUCUCAUCAUCCAUAGCUAAGGGUCUUUCACAACUUCAAGAAUUGAAGAUAAAAGAAUGCAACAUCAUGCGAGCAAUAGUUGUUAAAGAAGAUGGUGAUGAACUUGAAGAUAGAGAUAUGAUAUUGUUCCCUCAACUACGUCACUUGAAACUACGAUGUCUUCCAAAGCUCAUGAGCUUCUUAAGCACACAGAAUUCUAUCAUAACUGAUGUUGGAGAAAUCAUUCACGAGGGUGCGCUGGAUUUUCAGGACAUCCCACAUACAGGCAUGCAACCUCUCUUUAAAGAAGAGGUUGUGUUCCCCAACUUGGAAACGUUGGAACUGUCCUCUAUACACUCUGAAGAGAUGCUACUUCACAACCAACAUCGGGCAAGCUCCUCUUUCAAAUUAACAGACCCGAGAUUUCAAAAUUUGCGAAACUUGACCGUGAAAGGCUCUGGCAAUUUAAAAUACCUAUUGUCUUCUUCUACAGCGACAUUUAUGAUUCAGCUCAAAUAUCUUGACAUUGAGGACUGUAAGGUAAUGGAAGAGGUACUACUCACAGAAGACUUAGGAGAAGAAGAAAUAAUUCCAAAGGUGUUGUUCCCUCGACUGGAAGACCUGAUUCUAAAAGAUCUUCCAGUCCUCAAAAGAUUCUGCGUAGGAAGCAAUAUCAACUUUCCAUCAUUGAAGGAUAUGGUGAUAGAAAAAUGCCCUAAAUUGGAGUCAUUCAUAUUCAAACCUGUUAGUUCAGGCAUGACAUUGAGCAAAGAACUUAAGGAAGUGAAUUCAGAGGAGAUCUCUCAAAUUGCCACGCAACCUCUCUUCAACGAAGAGGUUGCAUUCCCUAGUUUGGAAAAAUUGUAUUUGGAUCAAUGUGUGUUGGAAGACAUAGCUAUGAUUGGAGAGCUGAGAAAUUUACGGAUUUUGAAUUUGAGAAAUUGUACCAAACUUAAAGUGAUUCCACCAAAUGUCCUAUCAUGUUUGAUACAAUUAGAAGAGCUAUAUGUCGGCAAUAGCUUCACUCAGUGGAACGUUGAAGGACUCAACAAUGAAAGAGCUAGUCUUGCAGAGCUAAAGCAUUUGUCACGACUAAGCACUUUAGAAGUACACAUUCCAGAUGCCAACAUGAUGCCAAAAGAUUUGUUAUUUGAGAAGUUGAAAAGAUACAAAAUAUUUAUAGGAGAUGUGUGGGAUUGGUCUGACAAACAUGAAAACUCAAGAGUACUAAAACUCAAGCUGAAUACAUGCAAUCAGUUGGAGAGUGGGAUCAAAAUGUUGUUUAAUGAAAUAGAAGAGCUGUGUUUGGACGAGUUAAAUGGUGUUAAGUGUAUUGUAUAUGAAUUGGAUAUGAAAGGCUUCCAACAACUAAAGCAUCUCCGUGUCCAAAACAAUGCUGAGAUUAAAUAUAUCAUCCACUCAACGGGGUUGGUUAUUGAUGUUGUAUUUCCUGCCUUAAAGAUAUUUUCUCUCAAAAACAUGAUCAACUUGGAAGGAAUAUGCGAUGCCCAACUUCCCUUGACAUCCUUUCGUGACAUAAGAAUUAUGAAAGUGGAACACUGUGAGAAACUGAAAUUUGUCUUCUCGUCAUCCAUAGCUAAGGGUCUUUCACAACUUCAAGAAUUGGAGAUAAAAGAAUGCAACAUCAUGCGAGCAAUAGUUGUUAAAGAAGAUGGUGAACUUGAAGAUAGAGAUAUGAUAUUGUUCCCUCAACUACGUCACUUGAAACUACAAUGUCUUCCAAAGCUCCUGAGCUUCUUAAGCACACAGAAUUCUAUCAUAACUGAUGUUGGAGAAAUCAUUCACGAGGGUGAGCUGGAUUUUGAGGAGAUCCCACAUACAGGCAUGCAACCUCUCUUUAAUGAAGAGGUUGCAUUCCCCAAUUUGGAGAAAUUAAUAAUCUCCCAUAUGCCUAACCUGAAAAUUAUAUGGCAUGACAAAUUUGCCCCUGGCUCUUUUACAAAGCUUCAGUCCAUGAAGGUUCAAUUCUGUGAAAAUCUUAUGAAAAUCUUCCAAGUUAAUAUGCUGUCAAGAUUCCAGAGCUUGGAGUCCCUUGUAGUAGAUGAUUGUGGUUCGGUACAAGAAAUAUUUGAACUACAAGGGCAAGAGGUUAUGGAAACACAUGCAAUAAUAGUGACUCAAUUGAAAAUUUUAUUUAUGCGUCGUCUACCGAUGUUGAAGCGUGUAUGGAAUAAGGACCCCCAGGGAACUUUCUCCUUUCAAAAUAUAAAGAAAAUAGAAGUUAUGGGGUGUGAGAGUUUGACGACUUUGUUUCCAACCUCAGUGGCCAGACGUCUCAAGCAACUGGAAGAUCUUCGAAUAGGUGAAUGUGGGAUUGAGGAAAUUAUAGAACAGGAAGAAGAUGCAAAAGAAGAGGCCAGGUUCAAGUUCCCUAAAUUGACUCUCUUGAUACUUCGACCGUUGCCAAAACUCAAGUGGUUUUACCGGGGGGUGCAUACUUCAGAAUGGCCGUUAUUGAAAACCUUGGAGGUGUCUGGAUCAAAUAAAAUUCAAAUAUUUGCUUCAAAAGAAUUUAGAAUUGAAGAACCAGAUGAGCAGAGUCAACUAGAGACAUCCAUUCAACAACCACUUUUCUUGGUUGAAGAGGUUGCAUUCCCCAAUCUGGAGACAUUGACAAUCUCCUAUAUGCCUAACCUGAAAAUUAUAUGGCAUCACAAAUUUGCCCCUGGCUCUUUUACAAAGCUUCAGUCCAUGGCGGUUCAAUUCUGUGAAAAUCUUAUGAAAAUCUUCCAAGUUAAUAUGCUGUCUAGAUUCCAGAGCUUGGAGUCCCUUGUAGUAGAAGAUUGUGGUUCAGUACAAGAAAUAUUCGAACCACAAGGGCAAGAAGUUACAGAAACACAAGCAAUAACGGUGACUCAGUUGAAAAAAUUAUUUAUGCAUCGUCUACCAAAGUUGAAGCGUGUAUGGAAUAAGGACCCCGAAGGAACGUUCUCCUUUCCAAAUCUAGAAAAAAUAAGUGUUUGGGAAUGUGAGAGUUUGAAAAGUUUAUUUCCAACCUCAGUGGCCAGAUGUCUCAAGCAACUGGAAGAUCUUCGAAUAGUUGAAUGUGGGAUUGAGGAAAUUAUUGAACAAGAAGAAGGUGCAAAAGAAGAUGCCAGGUUCGUGUUCCCUAAAUUGACUUUCUUGGUGCUUCGACAGUUGCCAAAACUCAAGUGGUUUUACCAAGGGGUGCAUACUUCAGAAUGGCCGUUAUUGAAAACCUUGGAGGUGUAUGGAUCAAAUAAAAUUCAAAUAUUUGCUUCAAAAGAAUUUGGAAUUGAAGAACCAGAUGAGCAGAGUCAACUAGAGACAUCCAUUCAACAACCACUUUUCUUGGUUGAAGAGGUUGCAUUCCCUAGUUUGGAAACAUUGACAAUCAUGCACAUGGAGAACUUGAAAAUCAUAUGGCAUGAUCAAUUAGCUGAAGAUUCCCUUUUCAAGCUUCAAUCUCUAAUUGUUGGAUACUGUGAAAAUCUUGUGAACGUCUUUGAAUCUAAUAUGCUGACAAGAUUCCAAAGUCUAGAGACACUUGUAGUACGUUAUUGUGGUUCACUACAGGAAGUGUUUGAACUUCAAAGGCUCGAUGUUAGAGAAUCACAUGUUGUGACAGCCAUUCCGUUGAAAAGAUUGAAUUUGCAUUGCCUACCGAAAAUGAAGCAGGUAUGGAAUAAGGACCCCCAAGGUAUUUUCAGCUUUCCAAAUCUACAAGUAGUAAGUGCUUGGGAAUGUGAGAGUUUGCAAAGUUUGUUCCCAGCAUCUGUGGCUAGAUGUCUCAUGCAAUUGGAGGAUCUUCGGAUAGUUGAUUGUGGAGUGGAGGAAAUUGUUUCACGGGAAGAAAUUGCAGAAGCAGCAGCAAGAUUUGUUUUCCCUAAAGUAACUCUCCUAUUUCUUCGUAAUUUGCCAAAGCUCAAGUGGUUUUGCCGAGGGGUGCAUACUUCAGAAUGGCCAUUGCUAAAAGAAUUGGAGGUGUCUAAAUGUGAUCAAAUUGAGAUAUUUGCUUCAAAAAUUUUGAACUUUCAAGAAACAGUUGAACAGAGCCAACUAGAGACCUCCACUCAACAACCCCUUUUCUUGGUUGAAGAGGGUACAUUAUUCCCUAACUUGGAGUUGUUGGCAUUGGGUGGAAAUUUGAAGAUGAAGGAGAUGCAAUGUGACCAACUUUUGGAAGAGUGCUUUUACAAAUUAAAAUACCUUUCCAUAAUUGGCUAUCUAGCUGUUUCUGAUUGGAUUAAUUUUCUAAAAAGAUUACACAGUUUGGAGACACUUUUGUUGAGGCUUACUUCUUGGGAAGAAAUAUUCCCAUAUGAACAACUUUUUGACCAGGAAAAUAAUGCUACAAUACUCGCACAACUUCGAGUACUAGAGCUAUAUGAACUACCAACGUUAACACAUUUGUGGAAAGAAGACAGCCAACCAAGCCCAAUUUUGUAUAAUCUGGAAAAUCUAAGAGUGUCAUUUUGUGACAAACUGAAAAUUUUAGUACCAUCAUCAAUAUCUUUCCAAAAUUUGACAAUUCUGGAAAUACAAAAAUGUCAUGGAUUGGUUAACUUAGUUACAUCAUCAACAGCCAAAAGUUUGGUACAGCUCAAAAAAAUGAGUGUAAGUGAAUGUGAAAGGAUAACAGAAGUUGUAGUAGGAGAGGGAGGUGAAGCGAGUGAGGUGAUUACUUUCACCCAGUUGAUAUACUUAAAACUUGAUUCCUUGCCAAACCUUGCAAGCUUUUGCUCUGAAAGUUAUUCUUUCAAUUUCCCAUCUUUGAAAGGAGUAAUUGUGAGGCAGUGCCCUGAAAUGAAGACUUUCUCUUAUGGAGCUUUAGCGACACCAAAGCUAAAAAAAGUACAAGCAACACAAGAAGAUAAAUGGCAUUGGAAGGUUGACCUGAAUACUACCAUACAUUGGCUCGCUCAAUAGUUCAUUGAAGAAAGGGUUCAGAAUUCUAAAGAAGGAGAUCAUCCAAAAUAUGCAACAGCGGGAAUGAGGCUUGGAAUUGUAAUUUGUGGUACUUGGGAUCAUGUUUCUUUCUCCUAAAAUCAUUUGCUCAGAGGGUCGUUAUCCCCAUGGUUAUGGAAAAUCAGUAGAGUUCAUCCAUUUGUUGUUUAUUCUGCUAUUGUAUCUUUAUUUUCUUGUUUUGCCAUGUUGAGUAGUAGUAGCAGUACUACUACAUUUUAUUUCUAUGAUACAUUUCUCUUUGGAGUGUUAUAAACUACCUCUUCUUGGUGCAAAAAGAACAUAUGGCUAUUUGAAUGAAGUUGUACAUACAUGCUAUUA